AUGAGCCUGGCCACGGUGAUGCAGCUAGGGUGCUUGGCCCUCAUGUUCGGUCUGGCCGAUGGCCUUCGAGAGUCCAUUUACCAGCAUGCGCAGGAAGCCGAAGCUUUUCGUGACGAAUGCUGCUGCCUUGCCUUCAUGGAGUCCACGCCCACCCAGCAAGCAGAGAGGACUCUGAGCCAAGAGUCGGAGUGCGGAGAGUACAAGCUGCGGCGCCCGGACCGUCCGUUCUGGUACCACAAGUUUCAAGAAGAGUACAAAGCUCGGUGUUGCUGGACGACGGCGUGGUUUUGCAAUGACUUCAAGGAGCCCCACAAUCGCCAUCCCUUCUCAGUUGAGCGACACUCCCACAACCGGUGGUGCCUCAAAAGCUCCCCGAAUGGCACUGUAGCCUAA